UGUGUCUUCAUCUCUCUCUCCGUCUCUCUCUCUCUCUCUCUCAUAAUUCAUUAAACCCCCAUUCCUAUCUCUCACCAUGAAUCCAAGUUCUUCUUCUUCUUCUUCUUCUUCUUCUGCUCAAACACCCAUUUGGGUAUAUUCAUACGUGAAGCUCCGAUUCUUCAAUCGAAUCCGGAGGUUCCUUCGUUCCAAAACGCCCAAAAAGCCGUAUGUCUCUCCCACGGAAUCCAUCGCUAUUUCACCCAAUAUUACACCAACCAGUAAUGAAGCUAUACACGUAGCAGAACCUGAUUGCGACUGUACCGGUGGAAUUGGUGGUGGCGCGGAUGAAUUCGCGGUGGCGUUGAGGAGGACAGUGAAGAAGCUUCACUUUGGGAGCUGGGAAGAGAAGGAGAUAGCAGCCAAGGUGAUUGUGAAUAUGGCUAAAGAGGACGUGAAGGUGAAAAAGUUAAUGGUGGAGCUCCGGGUUGUACCGGCCUUGGUUUCGAUGGUGACGUCCGACGCCGUGGGGCGACCGGAAGUGGCUGUGGAAGCGUUGCUUGAGCUUGCCAAAGGAAGCUUCGAGAACAAGGCCCUCAUGGUGGAAGCAGGAAUCUUACACAAACUUCCAAGUAACAUCCAAGCCAUGGAUGAAUCAGCAAAACAUGAUUUUGCAAGAUUGCUGCUGUCACUGUCGUCUCUGAUCAAUUCCCAUUUCACAAUUGCCUUACAGGCGAAUGAAAGUGUUAUCCCAUUCCUUUUGGGGAUUCUAGAAUUAACCUCAAAUUUCGAGACCCAAAGAUGCUGCCUUGAAACUCUGUAUAACAUCUCCACAGUGCUCGAGAAUGUAGGGCCUCUGGUCUCAAAUGGUGUGGUGCAAACCCUCUUGAAAAUGUCCUCAUCCAAAGGCCUUUCGGAUAGAGCCCUCGCAGCAUUGGGGAACUUGGUGGUGACUUCACAGGGAAAAAGGGCAAUGGAGAGCAGCCCAAUGGUCCCGGAUAGUCUGAUAGAGAUUAUGACAUGGGAGGACAAACCAAAAUCUAUUGAGUUAUCCGCUUAUAUCUUAAUGAUAUUGGCACAUCAGAGCUCAGAACAGAGAGAGAAGAUGGCGAAAUCUGGGAUUGUUGCAGUGCUUCUUGAAGUGGGAUUACUAGGUAGUCCACUGGCUCAAAAGAGGGCUCUAAAGCUAUUACAAUGGUUUAAGAAUGAGAAGCAAGCAAAAAUGUAUCCACAUUCUGGGCCACAGACAGGAAGAAUAGUGAUCGGGUCGCCUGUAAAUCAAAGAGAAGUUCAGGAAGGGAGAAAAAUGAUGAAGAAUUUGGUGAAACAGAGCUUGUAUAAGAAUCUGGAGUUGAUUACUGGGCGAGCCAGUGCGGGAGAUUCAGCAAAGCUGAAGAACUUGGUGAUUAGCACCAGUUCCAAGAGUUUACCUUUCUGAUCUUAAUUUCUGUGCUCCAUAUUUUUUUCCAACGGAUGCACGAAAAUAUUCUUCAGCAACGACCCUAAGAUAGCAGAAGAUGAUCAGACUUAGAAGAAAGCAAGAAGAGAAUUUGCAGCAAGGGUCCUUAUUUUUGUUGUACAGCUUUGAUCAUGUGGAAAAAUAAAAGAAGAAGACCCCUAAGAAUUUUUUUGUUCAAUUAUUCUUUGUAAGAAAAGAAAACCUAAGAAGACCUUCUUGUAAUCAAAUUUGAUCUUUUUAGAACGUAGGUAAUCUUUAGGGUGUUUUGUAAAAUUUACCUUAAAGAAAAACUAAGCUAAA